AUGUCUCCUCGUCACGACCCUCAGCAAGUCGCAUUAAUAGGUCUCGGAACUAUUGGUAACUCCAUGGCAGCUCUGCAUCUCUCUCGUGAAGACAGAGUGGUCAAUGGCUUCGACAUCUGUGGUAGAGUCGCUCAUCUCCAGGGGUCGCUUGCGAAUCCAUUCUUCCUCGUAAGCGCAUGCGCCUCAGCCUCCAUCAUUCAGGUACAAGGACCAGAGAGUGUGGAGUUCAAACAGGCUCUCUGGGCUCAAGUCGAAGCAGCGGCUCCAGCUUCCGCCCACCUGUUGAGUAGCACGUCGGGCAUCGCCGCGUCUAUUCAACAAGUCAAGAUGCGACAUAAGACUCGGUUGUUGGUGGUUCACCCCUUCCACCCCCCGCACAUUAUGCCACUCUUGGGGAUCGUCCCUGCUUCCGACACUUUGCCUGAGCGGAUUGAGUUCGCGCGCACAUAUUUCUCUGUGUCUGAUUCAAGACAUCGGCCAGUGGUGAUUCGGAAAGAGAUACCGGGCUUUGUGGGUAACCGACUGGCAUUAACGCUACUACGCAAAGCAUGUUAUCUCGUGCAGGAAGAUGUCGUUGACGCGUGGGAUCUUGACACGAUAUAGAUGGCCAGCCUAGGCCCUAGAUCUGGGAACGAUGUCUUCGAAAGCUACCAGCAGGGAGGUGGUGAGGGGGCAUUGGAGCCUUUUUUUGACAGCUGGGUGGGACGAUGCAGGAGAUAUGGG